AUGAGCUUGACGAAGCACGAUACGAGACUGGAUCUUCUCGUUGCCACCGCGGCGGAUAUCCAAGCCCUUCUUCAAGCCGGAUCUCUAACCAGUGCCGAUCUAGUCCGUUUGUAUCUCGAACACAUCGAUAAGAACGAUGGCUAUCUGCGCGCAGUCACUUCUACACCGCCACGAGAAUGGCUGUUUCGAGAGGCUCGCAGACUUGAUACCGAAAGGGCAACUGGAACCACGAGAGGUCCUUUACACGGCAUACCCAUACUGAUCAAGGAUAUAGUUGACACAGAACCCGCUCUCAACAUGAGCUCCACCUGGGGUUCGUUGGCCCUCGCUGGGACACACCCGCAGAGGAAUGCUAGAAUAGUAGAUCUGUUGAUUGAGGCGGGUGCCAUCAUCUUGGGCAAGACGAGUCUUUCUGUGAGUCGUAACUUUGCUGCUGACAACGCGAAAGCAAGACUUGAGCUAAGUUACUGUAGGAAUGGGGAUGGUUCCGGGGACAUGAGAGGGACAAAUCUCCCAUCCGGUUGGUGUGCCGUUAGUGGCCAAGGCCAGAGUCCAUAUGUGGAUGGGGGAUUCAAGAGUACAGACUCUCCUUCAGGCCACAGCAAUCCAGCCGGAUCGUCGUCCGGAUCAGCCAUUGCAGUUGCAGCGGGCUUCGCACCCGUUUCAAUUGGAGCGGAAAGCACAGGUUCACUUAUGAUGCCUGCAUGUCGAACAGCGCUUUACAGUAUCAAGCCAACCAUCGGUAUUGUCCCUGGCGAUGGCUGUCUUGCGAUAUCACUUCAUCAUGAUACCCUGGGCCCAAUGGCCAAAAGUGCUCGAGAUAUUGCAGACUUACUAGAUGUCAUAGUCGACAAGGAUAAAACACAGAUACCUAAAGGAGGCAAUAUUCGCGUUGGUGUCAUUGAUCCCACGGACUGGAUGCUUGGUCUGCCGUUUGUUAAGCCGGUUCAGGAGGUCAACAGCCAAAUGAUGGCCGGCUGGAAGGAAGCCUACAAGCUCCUAGAGGCGCACGCAGCUCGAUUCAAGCGCAUUAACUUGAUUUCUGUCGAUGAGGCCACUGCUAACGCCAGUAAAAGCAUUCUUGACUUGGCAAAACGCGACUUUAAAGUUCUCUUGAAAGAGUAUCUUCGUGGAAUCCCGGACUCGCCUAUUCAUGACCUGAGCAACAUCAUUCAGUUCAAUCGUGAUCACGCAGAUAAGGAACUUCCACCAAAUGCGAAUAACCAAGAUAACUUCCUAGAAGUCGAAUCCUUUGAAAUCACCGACGAAGAAUAUCAGAGUAUUCUCGACUUCGGUCGAAGAAAGAGCAGGGAUGAGGGUAUUGACAAAACUUUGAGAGAGAAUGAUAUCGACAUUAUCGUCGGCCCUUCAGACUGUUCCUUGUUCUUACUGGCGUCUCUUGCUGCUUACCCCAUCGCCGCCGUUCCUUACAGUAAUGUUGACUUUGAAGGAAAUAACCGGCCUUAUGGUCUGUUUGCGCUGGCAUCAGCGCACAAAGAUGCCUUGCUCGUGGAGUUUAUGAGCGCUUGGGAGCGGGUUGCUCCCCCGAGGCAGCCGCCACGAAAGAGACACUUUGCAUGA